AUGGUCUCAAACGGUAUUCACAAGCGUGUUCUCAAGCCCGGCGUUUGGGCUCCUAGCCCCGCCUUCAUGGACGAGCAGGAGGAGCUUGACAUCCCGACCUUCCGCAAGCACAUUGUCCACCUUGCUCAGCAGGGCGUUGCGCCGGUUGUGAAUGGCUCCAUGGGAGAGGCUCACCACCUCACCGCUGAGGAGAGGACAACGCUUGUCCGUGAGGCACGUAAUGCUCUUGACGAGGCCGGCUUCCAGGACGUUGUUGUUAUUGCCGGAACGUCGACGAUCGAGCUCUCCAAGCUGGCCGCUGAUGCCGGCGCCGAUAUCGCCAUUGUCAUUCCUCCUGGAUACUUUGCGGGAGCUAUGAGCAAGGAGGCCCUGAAGCAGUUCUUUGCCGACGUUGCUGAGGGUUCCCCUAUCCCCGUUAUGAUCUACAACUACCCGGGCGCCACUGGCGGCAUCGACCUCGACUCGGACACGAUUAUCGAGAUUGCCCAGGAGAACCCGAACAUCUGCGGUGUCAAGCUCACUUGCGGAGCCGUUGGUAAGCUUACCCGCAUUACUGCGGCUACUGCUACCGACGCGUUCGCCAAGUACCCUCGCGCCCACCCGGACGUUGCUCCUGAUUUCCUCACCCUUGGCGGCUUCGCCGACUUCCUCCUGCCUACCAUUGGCGGCGGUCGUGCCCACGGUGCCAUCAUGGGUCUCUCCAAUGUUUACCCGGCUGCCAUCUCUGAGCUGUUCCGUCUCAGCCACAAGCUUGCUACGGACGAGCAGCCCAGCAAGGCUGACCUCAACAAAGCCCUCGCCCUCCAGGACCAGUGUGCUGGCGCGGACGCGGCCUUUGUCAAGCCUGGUAUCGCGGGCACCAAGGCGUGGCUCAAGAAGCACGACGGUUACCCCUCUGCCCGCGUGCGCCGACCGCUGCUCGACUGUACCCCGGAGGCUCUGGAGAAGGUUGAGGCGAUUCCUGUUGUGCAGGAGUUCUACAAGACGGAGAAGUCGCUGGCGAAGUGA